UGGCGGCAGCCGAACCCACCCUCUAGCUCCGCGGCCAGGGAGCGCAACCACGGAGCCGUCCGCGCCUCCCCGCCCUCUUUCCCGGGAGGAAGCCCGGGGAGUGACGUGUGCGGCGCCUCGGCGCUGGCCCCGGUGCCGCUGCCCCCGCCCCUUCCCCAGACGGGGAGGGAUUCAGGCAGGAGGGGAGGAGGAGGAGGAGGAGUGAGGUGCUGGGGAGCUGCGCGAGCCGAGAAGUGGCGACUGGAGGGAGCAGCUGACGCCGCCGCCCGCUUCGCCCGCUCGACCUGACCGCCUGGGACCCGGCGGGAGCCCCAGAGAAGCGCCAGCCCUCGUCGCCCUCGCCUCCCGCUUCCAGCCGGACUCCUAGCCGAAGGGGCGCCCGGUUUCGCCGAAGCGCCUCUGCCCUGGUGCCCCGUCCGCCCGCCCGCCCAUGGCUUCAGCCGGCAGCGGCAUGGAAGAAGUGCGCGUCUCGGUGCUGACCCCGCUCAAGCUGGUGGGGCUGGUGUGCAUCUUCCUGGCGUUGUGUCUGGACCUGGGGGCCGUGCUGAGUCCGGCCUGGGUGACGGCCGAUCACCAGUCUUACCUGUCCCUUUGGGAGUCCUGCACCAAACUCGGCAACCCGGAGACUUGGCGCUGCAAAACUACCUUGAAUAGCGAUUGGCAGAUCGCUACACUUUCUAUGCUGUUGGGUGGUGCUGCAAUAAUUCUUAUAGCUUUCUUGGUUGGAUUAAUUUCUAUCUGUGUUGGCUCACGGAGGCGGUUCUACAGGCCAGUUGCUGUCAUGCUGUUUGCUGCAGUGGUUCUUCAGGUGUGCAGUCUUGUCCUUUACCCAAUCAAGUUCAUCGAAACUGUCAAUUUGAGAAUAUACCAUGAGUUCAACUGGGGCUAUGGCCUAGCCUGGGGUGCAACUAUAUUUUCAUUUGGAGGUGCCAUACUUUAUUGCCUGAACCCUAAGAACUAUGAGGACUACUACUAAAGAAGCUGUUUCUUCUUUUAAAGGAGAAGAAUAACAUAAGGACUUGUUCUGUCUUUUCUAGAUCAGUGUUUUUAGAACUUUUGUAGAGUGUCAAGCAGUCUCCUCUAUUGAUUUGUCAGCCUUUACCCUUUGAUUACAACUACUUCAAGUAGCUUUUUGAGAUCCUUUUCCAAGAACGGCAAAAAUCACACCUGCUUACCAGAGCGCAUAAACAGACUAUGUAAGCCGUUGAUACAUUAUGGGAAGCAAAGUUCAGCACCAUUGAAGUAUAUAAAUGGAAGUAGCCAUCUUGAGAAGAUUGAAUGACAACACAGUUCCUGCUAUAGCCUGCAAAGGAGUUGCUGGAAGAAGAAGUGUGUAGAAGGUUGCUUAUCAAAAAAUGAUUCAAACCUUCUGGUGGGUUGUCCGUUUAUUCCACAAGGUUGUUUUCAUCCUCUGGGGCUUUUGCUGAAAUUAAACCUGUAAACAUCCAGAUGCUAAGAAGAGUGAAGAGUAAUGCUUAAUCAAUACAUGUAGCAGUUUCCUGCAACACACCUUUGUACAUCCAUCAAUCCACAUUUUCCAGUCAGUUGUGGUAUAUCAAACACACUCUUCUAAUUAUAUGGUUGGACUUCAUGUCUCAGAAGUAACCAAGUGCUGGUAAAAAGCAUGGAGAAUUAAAUGGAAUCUAUUGACUCCUUCAAGAGAAGUUUAAAGAGAAGGAGAAUACAUGCAUGAGCUGCCUUUUCACUGAACACAUUUGAUUUCCCAACAUCAUGGUAAAGUCCUCACAAGCAACACUCUCAUUGUUUUUACAGAAGAUAUUUGUUGCUAUUACUAUCAAGAAAAAUGUAUAGAGAAAACAUAUGAAACUCCAGCUUGGUCUUAAUAAUGGAGUGAACGGGAAAAACGUUGAGUGAAUUUAAAUGUUCAAGAGCUUCUUAGGUGAAUUGGAUAGAACUGUAAUAAUUUAGUGAAAACAUUCCUGUAAUGAUUUAAUUGUCAUAUUUCUUUGAUUUACAAACUUGAUGAGCCAUCAAAUAAAAGCUUAACUAAGGGUAUGCCAACAGCUGCUGUGCCCCUGCAGUUAGACAACAUGACAUUGACUGCAUAUAGACAUUACAUUAAGUUAUGGAUUGUUUAUAAUAGGAAGGGAGGGCCAUAGGUGCUCACGCUCUUGUGUUCUCCUUUUUAGCUGUGAAGGGAAUAUCAGACAUUUCUCUGAACUGAAGAGAGAGGGCAUGUGGAGCAAGGCCUGCCUCAGCUUGUAAACUGUGAUUUAUCGUGAUACCCAAAUGCAGUCAGUAUGUCCGUUUGGCAUAGGCAUUAAGAUUAAAAUAAAGGCCAACAUAAUGUUGCCUUCUUUACUAUGCUUUUCAAAAAUGGUAGCAUCUAUAGAAAAUUAAUAUAUUUAGACAUAAUGAAAGAAAUAUAGCUCUAUAACUUUCCAAAUGGUGCCUACUGAUCCGAAAGGCUUUUGCUAAUCAGUGGGAGGACCUUUUGUUUUGCAUGUGUCUUUAGUUCACAUCCAUGUUGAUUGUGUGUGGCACUAGCGGGUAUUAGAGUCUCCCUGGUAACUGAAAUGAUAAAAGUGGUUGCUGUGCCACAACUAGGCCAGUAUAUUUGAGCAGCAAAGAGACUUGUGGCCCCUUAAAGACGAAAAAGGUUUAAUUUGGCGUAAGUUUUGCUGGGCUGCCGUUACCUUUUAUCAGGUCUACUUCAUGGAGUGCAGCCACUUGAUUGUCUCAGUAGGCGAAUAUUUAUACUCUGGCAUUAACAGAGAAAUGCCAACAUUAUAUUUCAGAGAGGGAAGAGCUGUGCCCAUGUGACAAAUAGCUGAUUUAGGUUUGAUUUUUGUAGCAUAAUCCAGCGAACAUACUUUCCAUAGUAGGCUACCAGUGACCUGACCUAAUUGUGAAAAUAACACAUUAGCAGGGUAGUGUGAGUUUAUUCCAUUUUCUACAUCAGAUAUUAUAGAUUGACCAACAGUUAUUUGCAUUUAUCAUGGCUCCUUUAUUGGUUACUUAAAUUUUGCUGAAAUAUAUAAAGAUAUUAAGACUCAAGUUAAUUUGGGGUGGACAUUUAAAUUGGUGUAAACAACAUGCCAUUUAUUUUUGUUUACAAUAAGCUUAUUUCAAUAUUUUCGAUUUAUCCUGAAAAUAUUUUUAUACAGUGUAUACAGUUCUAAUAUACAACUUUAGAAACAAUUAUUUUUGCUAUACAGAAAUUAAAAUGUACCCUACCAUGGAUGUCCUUUAAGAGCACAGCUGUUGAAAUGAUAGAAGUACUGCUCAGUAUUGUUGCCCAAGACCUCAAAGUCAUGAAUAUUUAGUUACUGAAAAAUACACACAUGCACCAAAAGACAGUGUUUGACACAUCCUAAAGCUAGAAUAGUUGUCUUUAUACAUACCAUUAGCAAAGAACAAAAUGUUGGUUGUGUUAUAUUUUGUUUCCUAUGGGGAGAUCAUUAUAAGGAUCUAGACACCAGCACUUCACCCUCCACAGAAAGGGGCUGUGUGUGCAUCAUAACAGGUGGCAACAGCUUCUACAUUGCCAAGCAGCAGUAUGUCAAUAGUGAUCUAGUAUGACUUUUGUAUGGUAGAACAGGCUGUUAGGGUAUCGGUUCCCACUUUGAAUAGAUGCUUAUUCAUGGUGAUGGAUCACACUUUGAAUUGGACAAGACCAAACAAAGAAACAAAAUUCCCCUGGACACAAAACUCUCAGUUAGGUGGUAAACUUUUGGUCCUCCAGAGGUUGCUGGACUGCAACUUGUCUAUCAACCCUUGACAGCAUAGCCCAUGCUAAGGGGUGAUGAGAGUUGCAACCUGGCUGCAGUAUAGGAUUAUACAUGAUGCACAUCAUCCUCUCAAAAGGAAGGACAGAGGAUACUAAGAAUGAUAGAGAAUUGUUUGCUGGUAGCUGGGGAUGUUAUGCUGGUAGCUGAGGAUAUUUGAUGACUGGUAUUUGCAAUGGGCACUGAAGCUUAAACAAGCCAAAGUAUUUUAAAAUAGGGUGUGAAAGAAUGGUGGCGGCACAGUGUUACAAUACAGGUGACAAAUGUUCUGUCAUUGCAGGGGUGUUAAGGCUGGUAUCUGGGUACGGAUAGUUGUUAAAAGUAUAGUAAUACUUUUGAGAUCAUCUAGUGCAAACUAAGCUAUUACUGAGUCUAGUGAUGGCCAGUUUUUUUUUUCAACCAUUAUGCUACACCCUCCAGGUGGUAAUUUUCCAUUUUAAUGUCCAUUCCUAUAGGCAUUAAAGAGCAUAGUGACCACGCAUUGUAUGAAGAACCAUCCAGGCUAAGUUGUGGGCCACACUUGUUUAUAGUUUCGGAAAAGAACUCUCUGAAAAUUUGGAGACCUAAUCCCAGACUCCAUAGCAUAACCUGUAGCCCUUUGCUUUCUCAGACUGAUCGGAGACUUCUGCUGCCUCUGUUAUUUCUUUCACCCAUGUCUGAGGAUUGCUGCCUUAUAUAGGAUUUAGAAACAAGAGGAAGUGGCUUAAUUUCGUUUAUUCUCUGCAAGUUAUCUUGGGAUAAAGUGACAGCUGCUAGAGUUAUCUAACUAACUAGGCCCAAGAGGAAAGUUGGUUGUAAAGUGAACUUGGUUAUAAAAUGAGGUUGGGAUAUAGUAGUUCUGCAAUGCGGGCAGGUUUCUUGAGGCACAGUUUUCAAGCCUUGGUUAUUUAUUCUUUGUAGUGGUCUCACAGAAACCAGUAGUAUAACUCUGCAGUUUCAGGACUAUGGCCUUUCAAGAUUAUCCUAAUCAGCCGCUGAAUUCAGCUAAAUUACAUCAAGUCAGUAUCUUUUGGGUUGCAGCCUUUGUCUUCUCAUGUUUCAAAUGAGGAAGGCAAGGCACUUAGGAUGUGACCUACUUUCAUCCCUCAAUCAGUUCCAGUAGGCCCAACUGCAUAUUUCUAAAUUUGAAUUAGUCAUAAUCUCAAAGCCUUUAGUGACCUUGAUAAGUAGAAAAACUUCAGCUGGCUGCUUUACAUUUACGUUUGUUUGUUCAGUGAUGUGCACCUACUGAAGAAUCUAGGGAAGAUAAUAUUGUGAGGAACCCUGCCUCAGAUACAAAAUGAUUCAGUUCCAUUGAAGUCAAUGGGAUGACAUUAGAUUAGGUUCAUGUCUAGUUCCUCUAGUAGUGUAUUUUUUUGUACUCAAUAGGGGGAUGUUAGCUAUGCAUUUGUGAGACUUUGUGUGCAUUAGGACUGGGAACUUCCAUUUAUGGAAUGUGUAGGACCAAUCUGGCAUUUAUAGGAGCAAUCUCUUAACAAAAUAAAACAUUCACCAAGUUGAGCGUGUGGUUUGGGGAAGCACAAUGAGACAGAAAUUCCUGGUUAUUAUUUUAUAUUAAUUCAGUAAACAAGAUAAUGCCACAAUCUUGUCCACACCAUUUUUGGUCAUAUAAAUGCAAAUGUUGAUGCUUCAUUUUCAUGUUCUUUUAAACACAGAUGAUUCAAGCAACAAGAAUAUUUCAGAACAGAAUUAGGAAUAGAUGCAAUGCAGACUAGAAAUACCCUUCCCUCACAAAGGAUUAAAUACUUAGGUCGUUGUGUAAAAGGCCACAUUUUAAUGUAUAAUCAUUCUAUUUAAGGGUUAGCACUUCUGUCUUAUUUGGCUUUGUAUACUGACAGGAUUAAUUUUUGCCUCAUACAUGUAUUAUUUUAUCUUACAAAUAUGUGUGUAUGUGUACACACACACACACACACACACACACACACACACACACACACACACACACACACACACACGUAUGUUGCAACCAGGGCUAGAUCUUUGUACUUUUAAAGCUUAAAGUAUGCCGUCUGGUGCUGACAAGUUAUGUAGCACCUUUCUUGGAUUUCUUGCACAAUUACGUUUAGCUUUUGUAAGCUCAACAUGUAAAUUUUAAAGACAUAAAUAUAGAGAGAUCUAUGUGUUUGAAAUAUAAGUGAGAGAUAUAUAUAAAUAUAAAUAUAAAUAAAUAAAUAUACAGAUUAGCAUGUAAACUGAAUAUUAUUAAACAUGCCAUGAAAUGACUGACAAGUGAAGUUUGAUCUUAUGGCUAGCAAUGUAAUUUAUUCAGACUGUAUUUUUGUACAGAACACUGCACACUAACCUAUUGCCUCUCUGUGUCCUCUCUAAUGCCCCAAACUGUGCCUAGAGGUUUCAUUUCUGUCUCUUAACCAUGAACAAUGAAUGGUUCCUCAUGCUGUUGAUAGAAUUAGUUUCUUUAAUGUUAUUGUCCCUUCUCAAAUGUAUGCUAUGUUUUAUUAAAUAAUACAUCAAAAUGUGGAUCACCUUAGUUAAGGAAAGAGAUAUGUUUGUAUUCCUUUUCUAAAAAAAAAUCAAAAUUUAGUGGUUAUUCCCUCUUAUUUUUAGUUUUCCAUUUUUAUUACAUAUCACAACUUUUGUAGCUUACAU